UUCGCUGAUGGACGCGUUUCCGGCCCAGCAUACUUUCGUAGCAGCGACGUGUGAACAGGGCUGGUCAUGAGCUGAUAAGAAGGGGAAGGCCUUCCUCUACCUCUUUAUUUUGCCUUUUUCCACGGAGCCCGACGCGUUUUUUCUUUCCACGGUCGCUGUGCGUGGGUUUAACGCGUGUCGGAGGUUUUUCGACGCUUUUCGGUGCGGGCUGAAACACCGGGACCCCCCUCCUCAUCUGUGUGUUUUUUGUGUGUGUGUUUGUCGGUCCAGCUGAUCAAUGCAUCCCUGAGCCGUUAACGGAAGCUUUCCGUGCACCGGACACCGUUUGGCACCGAUCCGUGGACUUUAAAACAUUUUUUUUUUGUUAGAUUCAAGUGUUGGAUCGGGGUUUUUCCUCCUCUGGGUCUCAUUGAAGGAGCAGGCCUCGGACUCAUCCCCAGCCUCGCGUUCCCAUAUCAGGGUUUUUGUGUGUGUGUGAGUGUGAGUGUGUGUGUGUGUGUGUGUGUGUGCUGGAAGUCAUGGGAGACACAAGUGAACGAAGCAAAGCUCCGAGCCUGCCUCCCCGGUGCCCGUGUGGAUUCUGGGGGCUGGCUCACUGUGCAGCCAUGACUGAAACAGGUGACUGACAAACAACUCUGGGCUUUUGCAGGACCCAACUCUGUCCAGUAAAACCAUGAAUCUCUGCUCCAAAUGUUUUGCCGACAUCCAGAAGAAGCAGCCAGGGGAGGACUGCACCUCCAAGCCUAUCCAAAGCACCGGGAGUAGCCAAUCGCCAGUUUUCAGUAGCGAGACGAGCAGUAGCAGUAGCCAAUCCCCAUUGUCGUCGCUGCCCUCGAGCUCCGAGCAGCCGUCAGCCGAAGAGCCCUCGCCCACGUUUCCCAGCACGAGGGAAGGCGUGUCCACAGAAACAGCCCAAGGCACACUCUGCACACCCACAAAACGUCCACGAGAAUCAGCGUCGGGCUCGGAGAGCGAGGCGACGCCAGAGAAACGGCCACGGACAGACGAGAAGGAGGGGGGCAGCGAGGAGGCCCGCGGGACGCCCAAGCAGAAGAACCGCCGGCGCUGCUAUCGCUGCCAAACCAAACUAGAGCUGGUGCAGCAGGAACUGGGCUCCUGCCGCUGUGGCUACGUAUUCUGCAUGCUCCACCGUCUACCCGAGCAACACGACUGUCUGUUCGACCAUCUGGGCCGUGGGCGUGAGGAGGCCGUCCUCAAGAUGGUGAAGCUGGACCGCAAGGUGGGCCGCUCGUGCCAACGCAUCGGGGAGGAGUGCUCCUGAUUCGGCCACAACGUUGACCGGCCAUCCGAGUUAAGAGAUGAGGCGCUUAGAAGGAGGAGGAGGAGGAGGAGGAGGUGGAGGAUGAUGGAAGGAGAGCUAGGAGAAAUGACAAA